UCUCUGUCUCUCUCUGUCUCUCUCUCUCUCUCUCUCUCUCUCUCUCUCUCUCUCUCUCUCUCUCUCCCUCUCCUGCCUGUCUCCCCUCCACCACCUGUCUGUCUGCAGUGAUGGGGAACCGGGGGAUGGAGGAGCUCAUUCCUCUGGUCAACAGACUCCAGGAUUCCUUCUCGUCCAUCGGUCAGAACGCGACUCUCGAUCUUCCGCAGAUCGGAGUCGUUGGAGGACAAAGUGCAGGAAAGAGCUCAGUGCUGGAGAACUUUGUGGGCAAAGACUUCCUCCCUCGUGGUUCCGGUAUUGUGACACGGCGCCCCCUGGUGCUGCAGCUCAUCAACUGUCCGACAGAGUUUGCUGAGUUCCUGCACUGCAAAGGAAAGAAGUUCACGGACUUUGAUGAAGUUCGUCAAGAGAUCGAAGCUGAAACUGAUCGAGUGACAGGACACAACAGAGGAAUCAGUCCAGUCCCCAUCAACCUGAGAGUCUACUCCCCCAACGUGUUGAACCUGACUCUGGUGGAUCUUCCCGGGAUGACGAAGGUCCCGGUCGGGGACCAGCCGGCUGACAUCGAGCACCAGAUCAGAGAAAUGCUCAUGCAGUUUGUCACCAAAGACAACUGCCUCCUAUUGGCUGUUUCUCCCGCCAACUCUGAUCUCGCCAACUCUGAUGCGCUGAAGAUCGCCAAGGAAGUCGACCCGCAAGGUCUCAGGACCAUCGGUGUCAUCACCAAACUGGAUCUGAUGGAUGAAGGAACCGAUGCCAGAGAUAUUCUGGAGAACAAACUGCUGCCGCUCCGUAGAGGUUACGUUGGGGUUGUGAAUCGCAGUCAGAAGGACAUCGAUGGGAAGAAAGACAUCGUUGCAGCUCUGCAGGCUGAGAGGAAGUUCUUCCUGUCUCACCCGUCCUAUCGCCACCUGGCUGACCGCAUGGGCACCGCCUACCUUCAGAAAAUCCUCAACCAGCAACUGACCAACCACAUCAGGGACACGUUGCCAGGGUUACGCAGCAAACUGCAGAGUCAGCUGCUGUCCAUCGAGAAGGAGGUGGACGAGUACAAGAACUUCAGACCCGAUGACCCGAGCCGCAAGACCAAAGCCCUGCUGCAGAUGGUGCAGCAGUUUGCUGUGGACUUUGAGAAGCGGAUCGAAGGAUCUGGAGAUCAGGUCGACACCUAUGAACUGUCGGGAGGAGCCAAGAUCAACCGAGUGUUUCACGAACGCUUCCCAUUCGAACUGGUCAAGUUGGAGGGUGAUGAGAAGACUCUCCGUAAAGAGAUCAGCUACGCCAUCAAGAACAUCCAUGGAAUCAGGACGGGUCUGUUCACACCUGACAUGGCGUUUGAGACGAUUGUGAAGCGUCAGAUCGCUCAGAUCAAAGAGCCGUGUCAGAAAUGUGUCGACAUGGUGAUUAGUGAACUGGUGAACACAGUCAGGCAGUGUACACAGAAGUUGGCUCAGUAUCCGAUGCUCAGAGAGGAGAUGGAGAGAAUCGUCACUCAGCACAUCAGAGACCGAGAGAGUCGCACUAAAGACCAGGUGAUGCUGCUCAUCGACAUCGAGUUGGCGUACAUGAACACAAACCACGAAGAUUUCAUCGGCUUCGCAAAUGCUCAACAGAAGAGCAGCCAGAUGAACAAGAAGAAAGCUGCAGGAAACCAGGACGAGAUCAUGGUGAUCCGUAAAGGUUGGCUCACCAUCAACAACAUCAGCAUCAUGAAGGGCGGAGCUAAAGAGUACUGGUUCGUCCUGACGGCCGAGACGCUGUCGUGGUACAAAGACGACGAGGAGAAGGAGAAGAAGUACAUGCUGCCUGUGGACAACCUGAAACUGAAGGACAUCGAGAAAAGCUUCAUGUCCAGCAAACACAUCUUUGCUCUGUUCAACACUGAACAAAGGAACGUGUAUAAAGAUUAUCGUCAGCUGGAACUGGCCAGUGAGUCUCAGGAGGAGGUGGACAGCUGGAAGGCUUCUUUCCUAAGAGCUGGAGUGUACCCUGAACGCAGCGUGGACAAAGAAAAGGUGGAGGUGGAGGAGUCGAGUGGCGACGGACAGAUCCACAGUCUGGACCCUCAGCUGGAGCGACAGGUGGAGAUCGUCAGGAACCUGGUGGACUCAUACCUGUCAAUCAUCCACCGCACUGUCAGAGACCUGAUCCCCAAGACCAUCAUGCACCUGAUGGUUAACAAUACAAAGGAGUUCAUUCACGCCGACCUGCUCGCUCAACUUUACUCCUGUGGAGACCAGAACUCUCUGAUGGAGGAGUCACAGGAACAGGCUCAGCACCGGGAUGAGAUGUUGAGGAUGUACCACGCUCUGCGUGAAGGCCUCAACAUCAUCGGUGACAUCAGCACCACCACCAUCACUACGGCGAUGCCUCCACCUGUCGAUGACUCCUGGCUGCAAGUGACGGGGAUGCCCUCUGGACGCAGGUCCCCUAUGUCCAGCCCCACCCCCCAGAGACGGGCACCUCCUGGACCUCUUCGUCCCGGCGGCCGCGGUCCCCCUGGACCCCCGUCUCGUCCCGCGGUGACACCUGAACCUGGACCUCCACCUUCUGUCCCAUCCAGGCCCAACAGAGCGGCCCCACCUGGAGUCCCCAGAAUCUCUAUCAGUGACCAGUGAGGAAUCCACCAAUGUCGGCGGCCUCCUGCAUCUCCAUCAUGAUUCUCCAGACCAGUCUCAGACUCCGCCCUCACACACACUCACACACAAAGUCUUUCACAGCAGCUCAAUUGGUGUAAACUGGUGUCAGGUUCACAUUGUUGUACUUUAAGAAGUUUUUGACUGGUUCCACUGGUCCCUGUGUGUUCUAUCUGGUCCCAACACAUGCUUGCUGGUUCCUCCUGCUUCCAGUAAAUUCAAACAGGUUUCCUCUCACUCCAGAUUUCUACUUGGCCCAGUUGGAUGCAGCAACUUUCAACUGUCUCCAGUAGGUGUCACUGGUUAAAAUACGCUCUAGAUGGAACCAACAUGUUUUUACUGAUAAGAUCAUUUUGUUAUGGUUUCUACUGCUGCCACCUCACAACAGAUGUCUAUUGAUAGUUUUCUAAUGUUCUGUAAUGGUUCUAUGUGGUUCCACCACUCAUCAGCAGUGUAUGUUCUGUUAGCUCAGGUCUGUACAUGAGUGUGAUCAGAGUCCCGCCCCCUCUGAGUUGGAAGACAAAAUUUAACCUUCACCUUCUGGGCGGUUUGUUAGCGUCAAACAUCGACAGCUCACACCUGACGGACAAGUGUCCACGUGUUUUCAGACAGGACAGACACCCCCCCACUCAAAUCCUGAACUAUCUUUAUGACAUCACAGAGCCAGCCAAUCAGCUGUCAGCAGGCGUGGGGGGUGUGGUUGUAUUUGAAGCAGUGGUCGUGUACAGUUUAGUUUCAUCAGCAUAAAGAGAAUCUAUUUGUAUCUAUCCAGACUACAAGUUUUUAAUGUGUGAACGUUUUGGUUUGCUCUCUCUCACUGGUUCUCACUGGUUUUUACUGGUUCUCACUGGUUCCAGCACCAGUCGAUUUACCUCUGUUUGUUUCUGUUGAUUUACUCUUGUCCUCUUUUCUUUUGUCUUUCUUUGUUGUUGUUUUCUGUCUUUUUGUUCCCAGUCGUCCCAGUAAAAGUAGCCCCGCCCACGGAGAGAGCCCCCAGUCGUCUAUGGAAGGUUAAAAGUGUCAACACGUCAUGUUGUUGCUGUGAAACCUUCGAGUAAUAAUGAUAUUGAUUAUCAGCACAUUAUCAAUAUAAAGCAAAUGAUCAGCAGAGUACUACUGCAAUAUUUAGUGUUUAAAUAUGUCUGUCUGCUGUCAGGAGGGUGAGACAGGUCAGCUGCCUGUCUGUCUGCAACUGUCAAAUUAAACAGUGUCAGAGUCAUGUGAUCGUACUGUAGACGACUCCAGAGAUGUGCAGAAGAGAAGAUGUCUCACUCCUCCCUGAAUGUUUAGGCUUGUUAACCUGUUAGCAUGUUAGCUAGCAGUCUGCAUCAUGUCCUGGAGUUUAUAAGAUUAGUUUUUAUUUACAGUCCUGUAUUAAUCUCAAAAGAGAUUAAUGCCGAGGCAACUUUUCUUUACAGUGUAAAGUUUACAUAUUUAUUUAUUUAUUCAUUCUGCUGUUGUCAAUAGCUUGUUAAAAUAUAUUGGUGUUAGCAUUGUUAGCUAUUUUUCAGAAAUCCUCGAAUCAACUGUAAUCUCUGAUAUUUCUCUUUUUUGUUUGCCCCCUCCCACUAGUUCUAACUGGUUCUAACUGCUUCACACUGGUUCAUACUGGUUCUAACUGCUUCACACUGGUUCAUACUGGUUCUAACUGCUUCACACUGGUUCUAACUGCUUCACACUGGUUCAUACUGGUUCUAACUGCUUCACACUGGUUCUAACUGCUUCACACUGGUUCUAACUGGUUUGAAUUGAGCGAACAUGAACAAGCAGAAUUUACAAAGCAGCUUGUUUACUUUAUGUCCAGAGAACGUGUAUUUAUAAAAUGUUCAAAUGAAGUGUUUAACUUCAGUGUUACUUCAUUCAGAUGAAUAAUAUUUUAUAUUGAUGUUUGAUGAAUGAAUUCAGGAGAUGUUCAGAUGUUGGUCUCACACUUUCACCUUUGACCUCCACGUGUUAUGAUUUAUUUAUAUAUUGUUGUCGUGUUCAGCAUGCUCAGCUCCGUCCAAUGAUUUUAACGUUGUGUAUGAAUAAGUGUUGAACGCAGCUCAGGCUCACUCACACUCUUGUUGUGGAGAUUCACUCUGUAUUGUAUUAAUUGAAAUAUGUGUGAGGAGAUAAUACACAGAUGUUUUAAAUGUGUUUGUGUGUGUGUGUUACAGUGUGUGGUGAUGUGUAGCUGUGUUGUGUAUCAGUGUCAUGUGAUCAACACACAUGUUGACAUGAAUAAAGUUUGUGUGAAUGAA